CUAACCCAAAGCACCCUGUGAACUAAGGCUACCUGGAGUCCAUCUUCCUCCCUUCUGACAUCCCCUGUUCACAAGGGCCUGGCUGUGCUAUAACAUGCCUUAUUUAUGUAACAUAGCAAGACACUGUGAACGUCAGCUGUAGGAAGCUCUUAGCUGGUCCUUGCUUCUGCUUGCUGCCUGCAGCAUGCAUCCAGUCACAGGGCAUUUAUUCACAGAUCAGAAAUGUGACUGCUUUGUUGUCAAAUACAGGGAUGCAUGAGCCAUGGUGCACGGGGAGAUGUACGUGCCCCAGUGCACGGGGCGGUUAAUCUCAUGCCCUUUUCCCCCGAGCAGCACUGGCAGCAUGACCUGGCACCAGCCAACACCGCGUGGGACACGUGGGACAGGUGGCUCCGCACCCGCCUGUGGGCAAAGUGCAGGGCAAGGGCCAGGCAGCCCCACAGAAGGCAGCCAUGGAGCGACACUAGCCAACACAGCUACUGCCAACGUCUCUCUGACAGCCUGAUGGCCGUGCGACUCUGCAGCAUCACCGUCCUGCUGGGUGUUGCCCUCCUCCUGCCUGCACCUGGGGGCACCCAGGCUCCAAGCAACACUGGGCGAAAGGACCUGGCCACGGAGCAGGAUUUGGCUGAGAAAACCAUCCUGGGCACACAAGCCAUGGAGCUACUGGAGGGUGAGAUCACCAAAGAGGUGGAACCAGGUAUAAAGGUCUUCUCCAGCAGUGCCUGGGCUCGAUGGGUCUCCCACCAAGUCCAGGAGGGACCAGAGGAGGACCGUGACCACCUCUACCACCCCCAGGACAAUGCCAGGGAGGCUGAUGUCCUUGGGCCACCCUGGGUGCUGUCCCUGGAGGUGCAGAGUGGCCCCGAGGAGGACCGCGACCACCUCCACCACAGCUGAGUGGAGACAUGCCCAGGCUGCGAAAUGAGGAGUGGGAGCUGCCCCUGGGGCUUCCUGAGUGGACACGUCCCUCCCUACCCACCCCUGAGCACCCCAAUAAACCCAUUCCCCCCUCCA